GAAAUUACACAGAGUUCAUCUAAGUACUACUACUAGUUUUAGUUUCUGUCUUUGCCAAUAUGCCCACUACGCCCCUUCGCACAGCUCUAAUUGGCCUGUCAUCCUCCGCCAUCACCUCCUGGGCGGCCGAUGCCCAUCUGCCAGCACUCCAGAGCACCACCGGUCGCUCUCACUACCAGAUCACGGCUCUUUGCAACAGCAGUGUGGCCGCUGCAGAAUCCGCCAUCCGCACCUACCAGCUGGACCCGGCCACCGUCAAAGCCUAUGGCAACCCGGAUGAGCUGGCUGCCGAUCCCGCCGUCGACCUCGUCAUCUGCAAUACUCGCGUCGACAAGCAUUUUGAGACGGUGCUAGCCAGUAUUCGCGCCGGCAAGUCCGUCUAUAUUGAGUGGCCCAUUGCCAGUUCGCUGACCCAUGUCGACGAGCUGCUCACCGUGGCGGGUGCCAGUGGGGCGUCGGUGGCCGUGGGCCUCCAGGGCCGCUUUGCCCCCGCCGUGCUCAAAGUCAAGGAGAUCUUGCGCUCCGGCCAGCUGGGUCGUCUGCUGAGCACGGAGGUCCGCGGGUUUGGCGGUACCCUCGAUCGAGAGUUUUUGCCUCCGGGCCUGAAGUAUUUCUCGCAGAAGGAGGUCGGCGGCAAUCCCAUCGUCAUUGGUUUUGGCCAUAUGAUUGAUUAUGUCCAAUCCGUCGUAGGAGAUGUAGUUGCUGGCACCGAUGAAGCGCGUACUCAGAUCCAGCGGCCCCGCAUCCGCAUUCGUGAUCCCCAGACGCAGAAGAUCGUGGAAGAGGUUGACUCGGACGUGCCAGAUUUACUGAGUGUGCAUGGGUCCCUGCCAGAAUCUCCUUAUACAGUUCCCGGGGCCAGCCUAGUGGCAUACUUUGCGCGAGGUCAACCUUUUCCGGGAGACCCGUCGCUCUCGUGGACGCUGAACUGUGAAGCGGGAGCCAUUCGCUUGUCGGCGCCCGCGGGGAUUUCACUGCAGGCGGAUGCGUACCAGAACCCGGCGACCAUUUCGAUCCACCAACAUGCCACGGACACGGUGGAAGCGGUGGAAUGGGCGUGGUCAGAGGAGCAGUUGGAAGUGCCGGUCAAGGCCCGCUCUGUUCAACGGACCCUGAUCGACUUUGCCAAGGGCAACCGCGAAGGUUAUGUCUCGUUGGAAGACGCGGCUGGUCGGGCCAGGCAACUGGCUCGGUGGCUGGAUGCUUCUGGAGUUGGCAACUGAGCUUUUAUUGAAUUAGAUGCUAUCUGGAAUAAUGGGGUUUACUGUCCAAGCAGAUACCGAUACAUACGCAGGGUGCAAUAAACUCCCCGUUCAUGGUCCUGAACUUGAUCCGAUUGCUUUGGAACUUAAUAUGUGUCUCUUGAUCAUGCUGGCCUCAAGGAUCUGGUUAAUCUGCUCGCUAGAAGUGUAAAUCACCCACGGGUAUCUUAUAGUGUUUCCCUUGUAUUCAGAUUACGGACGAUCCAGAUAGACGGUCAAAAUGGGAAUGUUGUACCUGGACUGCCAGGUUGUUAUCUCAAGGCCAUAUGCUAAUCAGAAAACUAUAACAGUACAUCCUACAUAUUCAACGCAAAGUAAGAUGUCCCAAUCUGCUCCUGAGACCAG